CAAAGCCCAUCGCGAGCUUUUGCUUUCUUCCGCGGCGCGGCGCGCGCAGGAGGGGCUGCCCGAACGGCGUUUCAAGCAUGCACGCCAAGAUGAAGACCCACAUCUCGACGACGGCGCAGCGCCUCGAGGACGAGGUCGAAUCGAGACCUUGGCACGGCUGGCCGGGCAUCCUCGCCUGGCGCUGGGUCGGGCGCGCGAACAAGCUCGACAUCAACUUCUUCGGCCACAAGCUGGGGGCGUCGGCCAACAUGAUCUACUGGUGCGACGCUGCGUCCUUGUUCGCGCGUCCGACUCGCGACGUUCCGCCGCCAGCGGCGCGGCUCCCGCCGCACGCCAUCGACGCGUCCAUCAUCACGCAGGUUCAUGAACAUCCUCUGGUACGAGAUCUUCGGCGUCGGGUUUGGGUUACUGAUGAUGUGGUACUAUGCCAAAAAACGCCACUUCCCCAUGGGCACGCAGAAUUCCGUGGUCGUGGCUGCGGGCUGGCCCGAGAUCCCGGCCAUCGGGACCGCUACCUCUAUUAUGGGUUCGGCCCUCUCCUUCCUCCUCGUGUUUAGAUUGUCCUGGUCUUUUGGCCGCUGGUGGGAGGCCCGAGGUCUCAUCGGCACGGCGAUGACGAAGAUGCGCAAUUUAGCAAGCAUGAUCACGGCGAACUCCGAUGCCCCCACCAUGGACCAGGCCAUGGCUUUGUUGGAGCUGCGAUUAGUGUGUAAGCUGCACGUCGCGACGAUGAUCGACAUCUUGGUCCAGGAAGCGGCUCAAAGUGCGGACCAGAAGAGACUACGGUCCUCGAAGUCCGUGAGGAAACUCUUACAGGAGCUGGACAAGGAUGAACUAAGGGCACUAGGACAAGAAAGAGCGAGACUACUAGCUCGGAGCGACCGUAGAAUACUGUUGUGCCAUUCUUGGUUAGCCCAUGCCAUUAGAAAUUGCUCGGACCUAGGCCUUCUCAGAAACUUCGAGCAGCAGGCGGCCCUCGAAUGCCAGGGCACCUUAUUGGGAUGCUUCUACAGCAGCAUGAAGAUCAAGACCACCCAUGUACCUUCAGGAAUCCAGACGGUCACGCUCAUCAUGCGCUUCGCCUUCUGCAUCAUCCUCUUCCCCCAGUUCAUGGCCUACAACAUGGUGACGAAGCUCAACCGGACGCAAGAAAAAAUGAAUUUGUUGUGGGACAAGUCCAACGGCUUCUUCGUGAUUUGGUAUUUGGUCUUGACGGCCAUUGUGAUUGCCUUCUUCUCCGUGAUCCACAUCGUGUCGCUCGAAUUGGACGACCCCUACGGCGAGGACGACUCGGAUUUACCUUUGGAGAAGAUGACGAACAGCAUGUGGAGCGACCUGGAUUCGAUCAACUCGACGUUCAUCGACAAUUCCCGACUAGGAAGUGGUGAGGGCCUCAAGGGCUUGGUGCGGUCCAAGUCGAAGGGCAAUCCUACGGUCGUGGCCUUACGAGGCUCGGAUUUGAUCCGGAAGUCGUCGCCCGCGGCCAUGGCCGCCGCCGUCUACUCGAAGCAGCAGGAAGACCUGAAACUGCCCGAAGAGGCGAGGCAGAAGAAGUUCGGCGAGGGCGGCGUCGGCGACCACCUCCAGCUCAUCGGCGACAAGACCACCAGUGGUUUGGUGGAACUGGGCAAGAUCACGAAGGUCUACGGCGACGACUACGCCUCCACGAAACCGUCGGUCCUCGAGAAGAUCGCGGAGCGCGAGCGCCUCAAGGCCAUGUUGGCGGACACGUUCGAGGCCGAAGAAGCCCCUCCGGACCUGCCGCCGACGCCGCCGGGCGACGACCAGGCCUAGACAAUUCGCCGCUGCCCCCCCGCCCCGCCCCUCCCGCCCUCCCCCCGCCUAACGAGAUCCCCUG